AUGUAUCCGUGGAAAAUGCCGGUCGAGAACCUCGAGGAAGAAAGUCUGGCCAAAAACCCGAACCUAGAGUUAGCCCAAUGGAAGUUCGCGUUAACCACCGAUCAGUUCAAAGACAAUCGCAAAGUAAAGGAGGACCUCAUGAGUGCCAUCACUGACAAAGAUAUGGCGCCCUUCUAUGUGGAGGUGUGUCGUGACCUGAACUGGCAGUUAAACGCCGACGUCUUGGCGCAGAUGAAGGCGAAGAACGAGAGCCGACUGAAAGAGUUGGACGACGCGAUCGAAGACGCGGAGAAGAAUUCGGGCGAAAUGGAGGUCCGAGAGGCGAAUCUGGCGAAAGCCGAGUACUACUCACUCAUUGGCGACAAAGAGGCCGCUCUCACGGCUCUGCGCAAGACGUACGACAAGACGGUGUCGUUGGGUCACCGCUUGGAUCUGGUGUUUCAUAUGAUCCGAAUCGGACUCUUCUAUUUGGACCACAAUCUGAUGGCCCGUAAUAUUGAUAAAGCGAAAGCACUGAUCGAAGAGGGGGGCGAUUGGGACCGCAGGAAUCGGUUGCGCGUAUACCAGGGUUUCUACGCUCUGGCCAUUCGUGACUUCGGAGAGGCGGCCAACUUCUUCCUCGACACCAUCUCGACGUUCACGUGCUAUGAGUUGACUGAUUACAAGUCGUUCGUCGCGUACACAGUGUUGUGUUCAAUGAUAGCACUCAAACGGGUCGAACUCCGCAAGAAAGUGAUCCGCGGCUCAGAGAUACUGGAAGUGCUGCACACGAACACCAAUGUUCACGACUACCUGUUCUCGCUAUACGAGUGCCAAUACGCGAAGUUCUUCCGUAAGCUGUCGUGGGUCGAGACCUUCAUGAAGACCGACCGCCUGUUUGCGCCUCACUAUCGCUAUUACAUCCGUGAGAUGCGAAUCCUGGCCUACAAUCAGCUCCUGGAGUCGUACCGGAGUCUAGAGUUGCAAUACAUGGCCAACGCGUUCGGCGUAACCGUACAGUACAUCGACCAAGAGUUGGCCCGUUUCAUAGCGGCCGGUCGUCUGCACUGCAAAAUUGAUAAAGUGAACGGAAUCGUUGAGACCAAUCGACCCGACACUAAGAACUAUCAAUACCAGGCAUGCAUUAAACAGGGAGACAUCCUCUUGAAUCGCAUCCAGAAGUUGAGUCGAGUUAUCAACAUUUAA